UCAUUUGAAUUCCUGUAUUGGGAAAUCUUCCGAGUUACAGUCAUGUCUCUGAAAGCAUCGUGCUCCAUGCCUUCGCUGGUAUCGGGGGCAGAAAGAGAGAUCACCACGCCAUUCAGAGCACUUCACCUGCGCCUCAUCCCCAAUUCCUCUGCCUUUAGAAAAGUACGCUCAGAGACCGAUCUGCACAACUUGGACAAACAAAAAAGAGCCCAAUUGUACUCUGAUUCACCUGCAACCCGGAAAUCGGCAAUCAAAUCGAAGCAAAGCGAGACCACCCAUACGAAUCCCACUCGCAUGGGAGGAUUCGGUCUCACAGGAGGAAAUGGUGGGCAUUUUAACAAAAAUAACAGUAACAACAACAAUAGUGAUAGAGAUAGAGAUGCAUAUUAUAAGAAAAUGUUGGAGGCGCAUCCGGGGGAUCCUCUUUUGCUCAGAAACUAUGCCGGAUUUUUGCACCAGGUUGGACAUCAGUUGGAUAAAGCUGAAGAGUAUUAUGAAAGGGCCGUUCUAGCGAACCCUGGGGAUGGAGAUGUUUUGGCUAUGUAUGCCAAGCUUUUGUGGGAAUCUCGAAAUGACCCACAACGCGCUCGGAUUUAUUUCGAUAGAGCUGUGCAGGCUGCCCCUGAUGACUGCUAUGUUUUGGCUUCUCAUGCCCAUUUCCUUUGGAGUACUGAAGAGGAGGAGGAGGAGGAGGAGGAGGAGGAGGAAAAGGCUCCCAAACAGCAUUCUAGUAGCUUCAGCUAUGGACCCUCUGCAGCUGCCAUAUACAGUUGAAUUCAUCCAAACACAGAGUAGACAACUUGUGAUGAAGCAUUCUAUAUAUUGAACUUUGAAAAUGAUUGCCAUGUUUUCAUCUUGCAAAACAUUAAGGAUGCAAACAGUGAGGUCUCAUCUGGAAAUUUGGUGUAUAAAGAAGUUUGCAUGCUUGCUUUGUACAUCAUCGCACGUGGCUCCAAAGACAAGGCGUACGUAUAGUAAAAGUCACCACACAUUUUGUCCGCCGCCUGAUCUUCCAUGAAGCAAUGGUCUCCUGUUAUGACCCUCUAGCAGUCCAUCUUUAAAUUUGUGGUUUUUUCUAUAGGUUAUACUUUUAAAUGCAAUUUGCAGAUGUCAAAUAUGUAUUUGACUUGAGUUGUAUUUAAUAAUUCGAAAUGAAAAUAAAUGUUUCUGCUA